UAGCUCUGCGGGCCCCGGCGGCGGUUCAGACUUGGUCCUGCAAGGCGGCGCCCGCCGGGCAUCUGCGGCGCCCCUCCGGCGCCCCUGGAGGCAGCCGCCGCCUUCCUCCGGCCGGCGGGAUGGCGAGCAUCGCGGCCCUGCCCGAGGACGUCCUCAUCGCGGUGCUGGUGCUGGUGCCGGCGCGGGACCUGGUGCGCCGCUGCCGGCUGGUGUGUUCCCUGUGGCGCGGGCUGGUGGACCUGCCCUCGCUCUGGCGGCGCAAGAGCCAGCGGGAGGGCUACUGGCCGGAGCCGCCGGGCCGCCCCGUCCCGGACUGGAGAGUCUUCUACUUCCUCUGCAGCCUGAAGAGGAACCUGAUCCGGAGCCCCUGCGCCGAAGAAGGCUUUGAUCCCUGGCUGAAAGAAUCCGACGGAGGCGACCAGUGGAAAAUCGAGCAGCUUCCCGGGGAUCACGGAAGGAACUUUCCACACCCACCCAUUCAGAAAUACUUCGUGACUUCUUUUCAACUUUGCCUCAAAAGCCAGCUCAUCACCUUGAGGGAUCACGGCUACUGGGAUGAGCUGAUGGACAAAGCCAGGCCUGACAUUGUGGUGAAGGACUGGUACGCUGCGCGUUUUGACUGCGGCUGUCGGUACCAAGUCUGUGUGAGGCUCCUGUCCAAAAAUUACAUCGUUCUCCAGGAGUUUAUGCCCGAGGACGUCGUGAUCCAGCAGUGGAGUGAUGCAGAAUGGUGCGAGGUUUCGUACACUUUUCACAACUACCCUUCGGGAGUCCGUCACAUCUUGUUUAAGCAUGGGGGCCAAGAUACCCAAUUCUGGGCUGGCUGGUACGGUGUCAGAGUGACCAACAGCAGCAUCACCCUGGGCCCCCAAGUGGCAGAUUAACGAAGAGUCGAGGCUUUGGUUUGUGUGGAAAAGGAGAGACGCAAAGCCCUUUUCUUCAGCCCUCCCUCAUGAGGCUUCCUGCCAGCUUCUCAUGGGGUGGAAGAGAUUACUUGGCAUCAUAAAGUUCAAGGAGAGAACCUGUUUUUCUAGCUGGCAACCAUAACAUGGAUUCUUACGAUGCCAACUGGUUGGACCAAUUUCCUGCCCAGGCACACUGAUUGUUUGAGCCUGGAUAUCAGUUAUGAAAUCUUUUCUGGUUAUUUUUUUAGGAUGUGGCCUUGCAAGGAGUGGGGGCAGGGGGCACCCUCAGGCUGUUUGUGUAAACCGUCCCUUUGGGCUGUGGCCUUUGCAUACCUGCUAUAGGAAUCAAUCCAAGCUGAGUGGCCAGCUGUUAAAUCAGUGGUCAGCCCCAGGUGGCUGUCCUGGGAACUUUGAGUCCACUCCAGCUGGGCUCUUCUGCCAUCUCGUGUGAUGACUACAAUUCCCAUCAUGCCCAGUAAAUGGCUCUGGGGAAGGCUAGUCCAACACGCUUGGAAGCUGCCGGAUUGAGGCGAGUGAGCCUGCCUUUUGGCCUGGGGGGGAGGACAUGUAGAGACCCCCCCGGCCUGAAUUCUGGUCACCUCCAGGUGCCCCUGCAGGUCCACCAGGAUGUUUUUCUGCAGCUCAGAAAAGUAAAUGCGUAGGAGAGACGCCGUUGACUGUGAGUAAUGGUUAUUUUUCCUUGCCUUUUUGGCAAUGUCCGGAAAGUUGUAUAACUUUGGCACCUAAU